AUAAUAAAUAAUUUAUUAAUAAUUAUUAAUAAAAUUCGAUAUUUACAAAAUGGAAGAUUUUUGCCCACUGUGUUUAAAAAAAGGCAUUAAAAACGAAAUAAAAUUAUUUCAAAUUAAUUUAGAGGAAGGUGUAUGGCUGUGUAAAAAUGAAGAGUGUGUAUGGCCUUUCGGAUACAAAGAUUUUGCAUUUUGCCCAAGACCAGUAGGAAAAGUUUGGUCUUGUUAUUGGGAUGAUUAUAAACCAUCAAAUUGUAAAGAAAAAGUUACAUCAAGUCCGUUAAAAUCAGUAUUAUGUCAUACAUCCACAAUAUCUACCCAAAACACAGAAAUGAUAGAAAUGACCAACAGCUCAGAUAUACAUUGUUUAAAGAACAUUAAUAAUAUAAGUAGCAGUUCAAAUGUAACAAAUUCAAAAAUUAGUUUCAAUAAUUUACAUACCUCUGGUUUUGAAGAACCAAGUAUAAUACCAAACAUUGAUAUUGAGAAAGAUAGCAAUAAGAAUGUCUUAAAUAAGAAAAUUACUGCUACUGAUACAAAUGUAUAUAAGAGUAAUUUGCAGUCAGUUGGCAAUAAUGCAAAAAUUGAAAAUGAAUGGAUAAAUUCAUUAAAUAAGCAUAUUAAAGAAAAGGAUGAUAUUUUUACAGCAAAUAAUGAAAAUAUAAACAUUAGAAUUCCAAAAAUAAUAAGUACUGAAAAUACAAAUAUUGAUGUUUCUAAUGUGAAACUAGCAAGUCAAACUUCUAACGUUAUAAAAAGUGAUGAAUUAAAAAAUGAAAUAUCUGUUCAUCAAAAAUCUGCAGGCAUGACAGAAUUAAAAUCAGAAGUUGAAAAGUUAGAACUAAGUGAAGAUAAUGAAAAUAUAUUAAAACCAAACUUAAACACAACUACGAUGGAAAUAGAUGGUUUACCACCAAUUACCUUGUCAUUUGAAGUUCCAGUAUGUACUACUACUCCCAAAACAAUAACAACUAAUAUACAACUAACUAGUUAUGAAAAUAAUGAUACAAGACCAAAUAAUCUAGAAAUGAAAAAUACGUUCGUAAAACGAAAUAUAACUAGUGGUAAACAAUAUGAAAAAUUCAAUUUUAGUGUCAUUAAGAAAAAUCUAGAAUCAAAUAAUUUCAAUAAUAGUAAUAUUAAUAAUUCUUCAAAUAUGAAGACACAAGUUCAAAAAGUAAAGAAUGAUUCACCAGAAAUAAUUUCAAAUGGCGUUUAACAACAACACCAGCUAAUAAUUUUAAUUGUGAAGUACGACUA